CCGGCCGAGUCUGCGCAGAGGAGACACCUGACCUCCCUUAGGUGGGAGAUGGCUGGGAGGUGCGCACGGAUUGGCGGAUGCAGUUGGGGGUCUGCAGGACGGGGCGGGGCGACCGCUGUUGCUGGGAGCACCCCGGAAGUGGCCCCUCGGCCCCCGCUGCGGGAUCGGAGAUGGUGGCGAAGCCCCCGAAGAGCACUGGCCGCGCGAUGGCUGCCGUGGAGGGACCCCCGAUCGAGCGGGAGGCUGGGGGUGGCCUGGAGAUUUUCCUCCUGGGCUCCUGACCUGUUUAUCCAUGAGCUUCCUGGACAUUUCCUCCCAGAUGCCCCACAGAUUCUGAGACCAGGAAUAAGAUGAAGGAAUGGAAGUCAAAGAUGGAAAUUUCUGAAGAAAAAGAUUCAGCGAGGGCAGCAGCACAAAGACUCCAAACACAGAUCUCCCAGGAAUGUGAGUUAGUUGAAACCAGUGAUCCUGAGGACAAGUUAUUGAGGCACUGGGUAAGCCCCUUAGAGGAUGCAGUGAGCCAUCUCCCUUCCCAACAGAGAGGUAUCAGUGAAAUUAAUCUCAUCCCCAAGAAAGCUACUACAGGAAAGAAAGGCCAUGGAUAUAAUGAAGGAGAAAAAAUACUUCCUGCAGGAGAAAGAUCCCAUAGAUAUGCAGUCUGUGGACAAAGCUUCAAAGAGAAGUCAGGAUUAAAUGAACAUCAGAAAGUGCAUAACAUAAAUAAGACCUAUGAAUGUAAGGAAUGUGGAAAAACCUUCAGUCGGACCUCAAACCUGAUCAUACAUCAGAGAAUUCACACAGGAAAGAAACCAUAUGUAUGUAAUGAAUGUGGGAAAAAUUUUAAUCAAAGUUCCAAUCUUACUAUACACCAGAGAAUUCAUACAGGAAAGAAACCUUAUACAUGUCAGGAAUGUGGAAAAGACUUCAAUCAAAGUUCUAACCUGGUUAGACAUAAGAGAAUUCACAGUGGUGAGAAUCCCUAUGAAUGUAAAGAGUGUGGGAAGGCCUUUAAGGGAAGCUCAAACCUUGUCCUACACCAGAGAAUCCACAGUGGAGGGAAGCCAUAUGUAUGCAAUGAAUGUGGGAAGGCCUUCAAUCAAAGCUCAGAUCUUAUUAUACAUCACAGAAUUCACACUGGAGAGAAACCCUAUGAAUGUUAUGACUGUGGACAAACAUUCAGUCAAAGUUCACACCUUGUCACACAUCAGAGAAUUCAUACUGGAGAGAAACCCUUCAAGUGUAAUGAAUGUGAAAAAGCCUUCAGGCAGCGUUCUCGCCUUACUGAACACCAGAGACUCCACAGUGGAGAGAAACCCUAUGAAUGUCAUGAAUGUGGGAAAUCCUUCAGUGGGCGCACAGCUUUUCUUAAACAUCAGAGACUACAUACUGGAAAGGAACUUGAAUGUGAAAAAGCUUGCACUUCUGACUUGGAACUCAUCAAACAACAAAAAAUUCCUAGGGAAGAAAAACCUUAUGAAUGUACUGAGUGUGGAAAAACUUUCCGGGGAAGUUCAGAUCUCAUUCGGCAUUGGAUGAUUCAUACUGGAGAGAAACCCUAUGAAUGUAAUGCAUGUGGGAAAGCCUUUAGCCAGAGGUCACACCUUGUUACACACCAGAAAAUUCACACUGGAGAGAAGCCUUAUCAGUGCAAUGAAUGUGGGAAAGCCUUCAGGCAGCGUUCCCUCCUUACUCAACAUCGGAGAAUCCAUAGUGGUGAAAAGCCCUAUGAAUGUAAGGAAUGUGGAAAAGCCUUCAUUUGGCGCACAGCUUUUCUCAAACAUCAGAGACUUCAUACUGGAGAGAGAUUUGAAGAAUGUCAGAAAACCUUCACCAAGAAUGAGGAACUUAGGGAAGAGCAGAGAAUUCACCAGGAAGAGAACACUUUUAGGUAUAAUCAGUGUGAUAGAAUUUUCCAUGGCAGCUCAGACCUCAUCAGACAUCAGGUAACUCAUACAGGAGACAAACCAUAUGAAUGUAAAGAAUGUGGGAAAACUUUCAAUCAGAGCUCAGACCUUAUGAGACAUCAUAGAACUCACAGUGGAGAAAAACCUUAUGUAUGCAAUAAAUGUGGGAAAUCUUUUAGGAGCAGCUCAGAUCUUAUUAAACACUAUCGUAUUCAUACUGGAGAGAAACCGUAUAAAUGCCCUGAAUGUGGGAAGGCUUUCAGUCAGAACUCACACCUUAUUAGUCAUCACAGAAUUCACACUGGAGAGAAACCCUUUGAAUGUAGCAACUGUGAGAAGUCCUUCAGUGGACGCACAGCUUUUCUUAAACACCAGAAACUUCACACUGGAAAGGAAUAUGAGGAAUGUGAGAAAGUCUUCACACAAGACUUAUUCUAAAAGGGCAGCCUGAACAAUUGUUAGAACAAAUCUGACAAUGCCACCCACUCUCUAAACUUCCACAAUGGUUUCCCAGUAACUUCAGCCUGAAGUCAGAAGUCCUUAAUAUGACAUAUGUAUUCUGAUCUGGCCCCAUUUAUCCACUUAUUCCACAAAUAUUUAUUGAGAUUUUAAUAUGUGUUGUAGAACAGGACUGAAACAACAUUUUAGUUAAU